UCAGUGAAAUGUAUAGAAGCACUGCGGCACGCUGCGUGUUUGCGGGCUGCAUGGCUGCCUGGUUCAAAGGCAGAGCGGAAGAUAGGAGGAGGGGAAUGACUACAGAGAGGGAGGGAGGGAGGACAGUUUCCUUUCUGUAACACACACACUGCUACAGGGAGAAAAAAAAAAGAAAACCCAGAGAGGGAAGGAAAUAAUAACCAGGAGUGGGAGAAAGAAAACACCGCAGCCCCUCCAUCCAUUUAUCCGUCCGUCCGUCUGUCCGUGCGUCCUUUCCUUUCUCCUUUAAACGCGCAGACUUGCGGACUAACAUGAGGACUGACUUUCAGUGAACCUCUCUGUGGCUAAUAGGAAAGAGGCGACGGGGAGGACAUGUUUGAGGGGCUGCGCGUCUUGAUGUUGCUGUAGGCUCCAGAACCAGUCGGCUAUUACUGAGGAAGAGGAGGAAAAACCAGGCGAGCGAGCGCAGACGGAUGGGAAGUGAGCGUUAGACUGAGCGCAGGAGCCAUUGCUGCGGUCGGUGUUUGUUUAAUUGGUUUUGUUAUGACCCCAAAUAAGGCAGGCCUCUAUACAGGAGCUACUUAGCUUCAGAAAAACGCGCUCGUGUUGGAGCCUACUUCUUUUUUUAUUCUAGCGGGGGGGAUUAAAAAAAAAAACUUGCCACAUUACGAGUUUUUUAUCAAUCUGAUUGGCUUUUGAGGGCAGGAGAUUAGAUUAUCUUUGCGCACACUUCAAUCGAGCGGAGUGAAAGAGCAAGAAUUAUUUUUUUAAAUGUUAAUGUCGACCGACGUCGCAUCUAUCAUGCUGCCUGUGUCCCGGACUCUCAUGGACCGGGACAGGGAGCUGGACAGCGCCAUGGCCGGCGGGGUGCAUCCCAACCCGGGCGGCGCUCCCGCAGCUGUGCGGGGCAUGAAGCGAGGAGACCCGGAGCCCGACGGACAGGCGGCCGCCGCGCUGCUGGACUCCACCGGGGCAGAGUGCAAGCGGCCCCGCAUGGACGGCUCUGGGGGGCUCGGUGAGGUCGGACAGAACAACGACCCGCUGACCCUUGGUUACCACGUCUACGCGUCUCACAGUCAGGGCUCUCAGGAUAGUGCUGGCGGUCAGGAGGGACUCGUGCCCCCACCUUUCUCCGCGUUCCCACCACCUCCGCCGCCGCCCCCUCAGAACGGCCUGGCCCUGGAUUACGGGAGCAGCCUGUAUGCAGCAGGGGCCGUGCAGGGCCCCGUGGAAGCUGGAGGAGCAGGGAACAGUGCAGCCAACAACAGCCUCAGUGCCCAAUCAGAUGGGUCCUCCCAGAUCGAGUCGGGAGUUGGCUCAGGUGGAGGGGGUGGUGGUGGGGGUCCCGGGGACGACUCGGAUGCCAAGGGGACCCCCAAACGCCUCCACGUAUCCAACAUCCCUUUUCGCUUCCGAGACCCUGACCUGCGGCAGAUGUUUGGGCAAUUCGGCAAAAUCCUCGACGUCGAGAUCAUCUUCAACGAGAGGGGCUCCAAGGGCUUUGGUUUUGUCACGUUCGAGUCGAGUUCAGACGCAGAGCGAGCCAGAGAGAAGCUCCACGGCACGCUGGUGGAGGGACGCAAGAUUGAGGUUAAUAACGCGACAGCCAGAGUGAUGACAAACAAGAAGAUGACAACACCGUACUCUAACGGAGAGGGCAUCGCAGCACUACCAUACGGUACAUUUAUUCCCUCAGCUGGUUGGAAGUUGAGUCCGAUGGUUGGAGCCAUGUACAGUCCUGAGCUUUACACGGUUCCAGGGUUUCCUUACCCCGCAGCAGCAGCAGCAGCUGCCGCCACCACAGCCGCAACCUUCCGAGGCACCCACCUCCGGGGUCGAGCUCGGCCCGUCUACAGCGCCGUCAGGGCAGCUGUCCCGCAGCCCGCCAUCCCCACGUACCCCGGUGUGAUGGCCUAUCAGGAUGGGUUUUACGGUGCGGCCGACCUCUAUGGUGGCUAUGCGGCGUAUCGUUACGCCCAGCCGACGGCCGUAGCGACUCCUGCAGCAGCCGCCGCCGCGGCAGCAGCUUACAGUGACAGCUACGGACGGGUUUACACGGCAGACCCCUACCAUGCAGCUCUUGCCCCAGCUGCCUACGGUGUCGGAGCUAUGGCCACGCUGUACAGGGGAGGCUACAGUAGAUUUGCCCCUUACUAAAGACACUACAUUUCCCAGGAGCUCGCCUCUCUUUCUCUUUCUCCCAUUGAAUUACUCCGAAAGAGCUCCCUCUGUUGUCUCGGAGGAGGAUAGCACCCCCUUUUUAUAUAUUAAAAAAAAUAAAUAAAGCGAGGAGACGACCACAACAAAGAUAUUUCAGAUCCCACCCCAGAGCAGACCCACAUUAUCUUAUAUAGGCUUCUACAGAAAUAGAGGAAUGCUGUAUUAAAAGACUGAUGGAUGGCCUCUAUGUUUAAAAGAAAAACGAAGAAGAAAAAAAAUCAGACUGAACAUGGCCACCUUCCCUAAUGCACGGCUGUAUUAUAGUCUCCCCCUCCUAUCCCCCUCGACACUCAGCAGCACAAGAUUUGGGGACGGAGCUCAGAUGUUCUUCCAAAGGCUGGACGUGGGAAAAAAAACCUGACAUUAGGACAGCUGUCACUCGUGUGUGUGAGCCAGCUGAGCACAUUCUGCGUUUGAAGAAAAACAAGAGGGAAGGUGUCAAAAAAAACACAACAACAACAUCGUCUGAGCGGUGGAGAGAAGUGAAGGCGCCUCGACAGAGAGCACCGGGAUGACUUUUCUUUUUUUAUAUAUAUAUAUAAAGCAGGUGGAUGAGCAAAGAAGGCAGAAAAGCAGGAUUUCAGAGUGCGUCCUGCAGCGCUGGGCUCAGAUCUGAGGCUGAGCUUGGAGACAUGACGGAAAGCUGGAGGAGGGAGGGUUUAAUAGAGCUGAUCCUUACCUCAACUUUUCUUAGUAUGUGGAAACGGUAAACCUUUAAACCUAAAAUUGUUAUGAUAUGCAAAGAAAUUAGUUUAGAGAAAAAAAUUGUUAUUAUUAUUAUUAUUAUUAUUACUGUUGUAAUUAUCCUCAUUAAUAUUAUGGAAAAAAAACAUUAUUUUGUUUGCUACAGCAGUCGCUGCUGUGGUGAAGUUUUAUUGGUGAACCUUUAGGGUUAAAAUCAUAGAUUUUACAUCUAUAGUUCAAACAGUCCAGAUAUGAAACACAACAAUAUCGCACAUCUUCCUGGUCUCACACACAAACACACACAUAUGAUUUCACUACAAUGUAUGUGUGCAGCAUCACCUAACACUACGGGUGCAACACUACACUGCAAACAUUUCUAGUUGUUUACAUGUAAAAUAAAAAAAUAACCUCCCCUACAAGCCCGGAGGGUCGGGGGGGGGGGCUUCGGUGAUCCUUUACCGUAGGGAGACGUGGUUUGGAUUUUUCCCCUCAUGCUUCAUGUUUUUAUCGAGUCCAGCGAUGGAUGAGUCUUCCUGAAACACACUUUAGACGAUGCAGCCGACGGCGUUUUACUGAGCAGGAUGGAGAUUCAGUCAGCGACUUUUUAGUGACGACUUAAAUGCAAAACACAUCACUAUUGUGCAUAUUUCUAUAUUUCUUGUACCCUCGAUUUCUAAGACGUGGCUUUAAUUUUGGCCUUUUGUUUGUGUUCCAAAGAUUUGUAGAAAGCACAUUUUUCUGCCGUUAAAAAAAGUAUAAAUAUAUAUAUAAAUAUAUAUUACUUGUGUUAUUAUCACAAUCCUAUAGCUGUCCUUAUUUAGUUUUUACAUUGUCUGCUUUGUUUUUGAAUAUAUAUAUAUGUGUGUAUGUGUGUGUUCUUCAGUGAGAUGCAGAUUUCUUUUUUUUUUCUUAAGUUUUGCAUAAACGUUUCUGAACUGAGACCAUACCUGAGUAGUAAAAAGAAUGCAGGUAAUAUCACCAAAAUUAUUUUCUUUCUCAGUAAUCUUUAGUUUGUUCAGUACGUUUGUUUUGUUGUUGUUUUUUUUAUAAUAUGAAUAUUAUUUUUAUUGCUGUUGUUUUAUUGUUGUUGUUGAUUGGUCAUAGGUUCUGCCAGCAUGACGUUGUUCACAAUUUACAGAAAACAGCUGGAUCUAUUUUACUUUGCCGUGUGUGCGUGCGCGCGUGCGUAUGUGUGUGUGUGUGUGUUUUCAUUUUGCUGAUGAAAACCGGUGGAAUGAAUGAGAAUCAGUUUGUCGCACUUUGGUUCAAAUCAACUGUGUUCCUUUUGUUUUUUUAUUUUUUCGUGGUCUUUAUUAGUUUUUUGUUUAUUUUUAAAGCAGCUGACGUACAUUUCAGUGGAUAAAAUCUCUCAGCCUGAUCAGUGUGCUCGCUCCGGGUUUGUUUGAAGCUAACGCAGUAAAAUGUCUGAAAGUGUUAAACACAUGCAGGAUCACAUUCAUGUCUGAUAAAAGAAAAAAAAUGGAACAUUUUAAACCAUUUUCUUUCUAUUUUUCCACUUCCCCACCCUUAGAUAAGCAUAGGACUGUCACCAUUUUUUUUUUGUUUUAUAUCAUGUAACUUUAUUUUAUUUUAUGUUAAUAAUGUUUUAACAUGAAUAAAGAAUGUGCUCUGGAUUAAAUAAAAAAAGCAAAACAAAGACAGAAAAGGCACCAGCCAAAGAUGUGAGGUUUCCAGCAUGUUCUGGUUCCCAACUUGAAAAGUGCUAGAAAACAAAAUAAUAAUAAUAAUAAAAAAAGAAGUAAAUACAUAAAGGACUUAUGGAGCCACUGGAGGCAUGGACAAACCAGCAUGAGUGAUAAUUACCAAGUUUAAAAAAACAGAAAAAAAAGAGUUAUGCAUGAAUCUUUUAUCUUUUCCCAUUUGACUGCUGAGCAGCUGGACUCAGCUGCUCAUGUUUUACCACUAGAAGAUGGGCGGCUCGCAGUUUGACACAACACAAGAGCACAGAGCUGGUUGGCAAAAAAACAAGAAAAAAAAAGGCCUAACAACAAAACAAAAUGGCCUCUGUAAAAAGAAAGAUAAACCAUUUGGCAGCUUGAUUUUCCUGGUUGUGGCUUUCUUGGCCCUGUAUUAUAUAUUAACUCCGUGGUCAUUCUUCAUAGAUUCUAUGGUUUCAACGAUCAGUCCCUCCGUCCUGUCUGAAUCCCUCUGACUGCCGUUAUGUUUGGUUUUUUGUUUUGUUAUUGAAUGUCGAUAUAAAAAUGUUUUAUAUAAAAUGUUUUGUUGUG